CGACGACGACGUCGUCGCCCACCAUCACUCUCGCCCUGAUCAAACCCUCACCCUAGAUCCCAUUCCCUACUGGUCCCAUGAAUUCCAUUUCUUCUCCUCCGAUCCCGAUGAAUUCUCAUUUCCGAAUGCGCUCGUCAUCGACAACGGCCUUGAUCUCCUUGAUGACCGGGGGAACCAAGUCAAUUUCGUCAUCAAUCUCCUGCCCCAGCGCGUCGAGCAAUCCCAGUGAUGUUGAGGUAGAUGUUGGUGGUGAUGAUGAUGAUUUCCCUGUGGAGAGGAGGGUUGAGAGGAGGGUUUCAGCCUUUUAGGUUUGGCUUCCAGCGGGGCUGCCUCCACUGUUGGUGGGGUUGAAGUCAAACUUGAACCCCACAGGGAAAGUGUUAGGCUGGUUGGCUUUGAGUCAGAUUCAAAGGACGAUGACAAUGGGGCUUUGGCUGUAGAUUUGAAUUCAGGUGAUGAGUAUGGUAU